UUUGAGUGUUUCCCGCCAAAGGAGAAGGCUUCCACUCCGCCGCGCUCUUCUGAGGAAAAACUUGACAAAAACUGUUUUUGACGACCUAGCUGACCAAAAUGGGUUUUCUAAAACAGCUAGAUGUGGAUAAUUUUAAGUCUUGGCGAGGGAAGCAAGUAAUUGGACCUUUUAAAAGGUUUAACUGUAUUAUUGGCACAAAUGGAUCCGGUAAGUCGAACGUGAUGGAUGCCCUGAGCUUCGUGAUGGGGGAACGGGCAGCGACUCUCCGCGUGAAGCACACCAGGGACCUCAUCCACGGAGCCCACAUUGGCAAGCCGGUGUCCACCACGGCCAGCGUCACCAUGCGCUACUGCGACGACAACGGAGAGGAGCUCAACUUCUGUAGGAGCAUAUCGGGGGACUCCUCUGAGUAUCGCAUCAAUGGCAGACAAAUCACCCUUGCCAAGUACACAGAGGAACUGGAGAAGAUAGGCAUUGUGACUAAAGCUAGAAACUGUCUGGUAUUCCAGGGGGCGGUGGAGUCCAUUGCCAUGAAGAACCCCAAGGAGCGGACCAAGAUGUUUGAGCGCAUCAGCCAGUCUCUGGAGCUGUCUGAUGACUAUGACAGGAAGAAGGAGGCUCUGCAGAAGGCUAAAGAAGACACGCAGUUCCACUUCAACAAGAAGAAGACAGCCACCGCAGAGAAGAAACAGGUCUCCUCAGAGAAAGUGGAGGCCCAGAAGUACCAGGAGUUGGUGGACGACCUGAACCAGGGGAGGCUGCAGCUAAACCUGUUCCAGCUGUACCACAACCAGCAGGGCCUGAGUGCCCUGUCAAAGACCCUGAGGAAGAGACAGGAGGCUGUGGCCGGUCAGAAGACAGGACUGAAUGGGUGGGAGCAGAGCAUCAAGGCCCAGAAGAAAGAACAUGGACGCUUUACCAGAGAGCUGCAGCAGAUUGAGAAGGAGAUCCGUGGGCAGGAGCAGACCCUGUCCCUGCGUCGGUCCCAGUACAUCAAGGCCAAGGUGAAUACGGCCCACCACCUAAAGAAGGUAGAUGAUACCCGUGGGGCCCUGGAGAAGAGCCAGAGGAUGGGUGCCAAGAAAGAGGAGGAGCUGGCUGAGUUCCAUCAGGAGCUCCAGGAGCUGGAGAGGGCCUGGAGGGACUAUGAGAGACAUGCCCAGGAGGAGUUGACCGACCGGAACGCUGACAUACAGCUGGAGGAGGAACAGUUGGAGCGCUAUAAGGAGCUGAAGGAGCUGGCCAGGAAGCAGGGGGCCCUCCUGUCCCAGCAGACUAAGAAGAUGCACUGGGAGGUCAAGGCUGACCACCAGAAAAUCGAGUUUGACCAGCGGAGGAAGAAAGAAGUGGAGGUAAGCAUUAAGCACAGCCAUACUCAGCUGGGGGACUUCACGAGGAGAGCAGAUAAACUGGAGGAGUACACCAACACCUGCAAGAGCUCUCUGGAGGAGUCUCGUCAGCAGGAGGAGGUGCUGUCUGCGGAACUGCAGAGAGGGAGGGUGAGGGUGGAGGAGGUGAACCAGGAGUUAGGGGAGGUACUGGGAGAGCUGCAGAACGCCAGGCUGGACAGCCAGGAGAGUAAGAGGCAGCAGCAACGCAACGAGGUCCUGGAAAACCUCCGCAGACUCUGCCCUGACUCACUGUUUGGUCGUUUGGUGGACCUGUGCAGCCCCAUCCAUAAGAAGUACCAGCUGGCCGUCACCAAGGUGUUUGGACGCUACAUGAACGCCAUAGUAGUGUCGUCAGAGAAGGUGGCUCGGGACUGCAUCCGCUUUGUCAAAGAGGAGAGGGCCGAACCAGAAACCUUCUUACCCAUAGAUUACCUGGACGUGAGCCCUCUGAAUGAGCGGCUGCGCGGGGUGCGUGGAGCUAAGAUGAUGGUGGACGUGGUGCAGUGUUCCCCUACCGCUCCUCAGCUGAAGAAAGUCAUCCAGUUUGUGUGUGGCAACGCUCUGGUCUGUGAGACACUCAAAGAGGCCAGAGCCAUCGCCUUCGACGGGCCUGAGCGACUCAAGACGGUGGCUCUGGAUGGUACCAUGUUCUCCAAGUCAGGGGUGAUCUCUGGGGGCUCCAGCCACCUGCGGAGCAAGGCCCGGCGCUGGGACGAGAAGGACAUGACCAAGCUGAAGGAGCUCAAAGAACAGCUGACUGCAGAGCUACGUGGUCUGGUGAAGCUGAAGCGUAAGGAGCCUGAGCUGAAACAGAUCCAGUCUCAGGCUCAGGGGGUUCAGACCCGUCUGAAGUACUCCCACACUGAACUGGACACCCUCCGCAAGAAGAGCAUUCCCAACUGCCACGCGGAGAUGUCUCGCCUGGAGGCUGAGCUGGCCAACGUGGAGUCUCAGCUGGAGAUGCAGAAAGAGAACAUGGAGAUCAAGGAGCUGGAGAUGAAGAAGCUCCAAGACAGGAUCAACCAGAUGGAGGACGUGGUGUUCUCGGACUUCUGUGCUGAGAUAGGAGUGGCCAACAUCAGGGAGUAUGAACAGGAGCAUCUCAAACAGCAGCAGGAUGUAGACAGGAAACGGUUGGAGUUUGAGUCUCAGCGGACCUGUCUGAAGGCCCAGUUGGAGUAUGAACAGGGUCAACUGGAGCAGCAGAGGAAGAAGAUGAAGAAACUAGAGGAGACCAUUGCCAAGGAGCAGUGCAGAGUGGAAGAACAGAAGCAGGAGGAAGAGAAGCUGCUGGUGGUGAUGGAAGAGAGUCAAUCUAAAGUGUUGGAUCUGAAGAAUCAUCUGCUGGGGAAGAAGACCCAGGCUUUUGACUCUAAGGCCCAGGUGGACCAAACGAUGAAGAGUCUUCAGGAGAGCUCCAGAGAGCAGGUGAAGCUGCAAAGGGAGGUUAUCUCAGCUGAGACAGCCCUGGAGCAGUUGAGGAUCUGGAAACACAACCUGCUGCUAGGUUGUAAGAUCCAGGGCCUGCCCAUCACGCUGCUGUCUGGCAGCUUGGACGAGAUCAGUGAGGUGCAGCUGGACUCAGAGUCACUCACAGAGAGCACCUGCACCACUAUGGACAUCUACGAGAGAGAAGCGCUGAUGGUCAUCGACUACUCUGGCCUGGGAGCUGAGCUGAAGGAUCUUGCAGGGGAGGAGGUGGACCCCCAGGUAGAGCGUCUUAAGGAGACAGUGUCCUCUCUAGAGGGGGUCCUACAGCGCUCCACAGCCCCCAACCUUAAAGCCCUGGAGAAAAUGAGGGUGGUCAAGGACAAAUACCAGGGGGUGGUGGACGCGUUUGAUGCCAGCACCAAGGCAGCCAGAAGGAGUAACCAGGAGUUUGAGCAGGUUAAAGCCAAACGCUCCAGACUCUUCAGUCAGUGCUUUGAACACGUCUCUGUCGUCAUCGACCAGAUCUACAAACAACUGUGCAGGAACACCAGCGCUCAGGCCAUUCUGAGUGCUGAGAACCCAGAUGAGCCCUACCUGGAUGGCAUCAAUUACAACUGUAUUGCUCCUGGGAAACGCUUCAUGGCCAUGGACAACCUUUCUGGAGGAGAGAAGGCCAUCGCUGCCCUGGCUCUGGUGUUCGCAAUACACAGCUUCCGUCCAGCUCCGUUCUUUGUCCUGGAUGAGGUUGAUGCAGCCCUGGACAACACCAAUAUUGGCAAAGUGACCAGCUUUAUCAGGGAGCAGUCGAGAGAGAGCCUCCAGAUCAUCGUCAUCUCUCUGAAGGAGGAGUUCUACUCUAGAGCUGACGCUCUGCUGGGGGUCUACCCUGAGUUUAACGACUGCAUGUUCAGCCGCAUGCUGACGCUGGACCUAAGUCCCUAUCCCCUGAACGAAGAGAACGGAACAGAGAGAGGGAAGGAGAUGUAAAGAAAGAAAGAACAAACAAUCAAAGAUAUACUUUAUUGGCCUGAUGUGAUAGACCCUGACAGCUGAUUUCCUGUUUCUCUUGAGAUAGUACUAAACCAAUCUUCAAUUGAUUGCCAAAAGAAUUCACCUAAAAUGUUUGUUUAUUAAUGUUAAUAUAUUGCUUGUUACGUAGAUUUUUAUUCCGGAGGUUUGAGGAUGUUGUACUCCCUCUCAAUACUUUUCUAUCAUUGUUUAGCUUGAAGCAUUUUAAUAUACCAGGGUUCGAUUUCACUGUUUUACUUUAUAUUUAAUAUAAAUCGUUUCCUCUUUA